UUCCAAUGAAUGUUUUAACGAAACUUAUAAUGACAGCUUUAGCAAUUCUAACAACAAUUCUAGUGAUAACUUUAGCAAUAAUAUCUUUGAAACUAUGAUUUUGGUAAUAAUGAAUUAUAUCUAG